AUGGAGUCUGGCGGUGGAUUUGGCUUCCAAGACAUCUCGGCUCUGGCCGAGUUGUUGGACAAGAAUCAGGGCUUCAAGCGCCCGGAGGGGCAAACGGUGGGUUACAGUCUACAAGAGGCGAAUGCGGGGGGCGGCGCCUCCGCUGACGCCGCGGCCGGUGCGACGAUGCAAGUAAAACCCUCAAGUAUUCCGUUGCCCUCCACGGUCGUGGAUCAGCAGCUACGCCUUCCAGUUCCGUCCGAGAGCCGUGAAGCCAAACAGCGACAGCUAAAGAAGCGUCAGUCCGCAAAGGCGAAGGGUUUUGCCAUUUGGACGGACGAGGAACUAGCCGCCGCAUUUCGUGCACGCCACGACGCUACGCUAAACCCAAAAGAAGAUGCCGAAGAGCCAGAACACUCCAUUGUGCAUCAGGAAAUAGUCACUGCAGAGGAUGUUUACCUUGGGAUAGACGCCAUGAAGGCCGUUGGGGGACCAUCUGGUCUGCUUGUAAAAGUCAUCAUGCCCAAGCUGGAGAAGGUUGCCGACUUGGCCAUUUCCGUCGAUCCAUAUGAGCUUCGUGUUUCCUCUUCCAAGUACUACCUGCGAGCUGCUCUGCCGCAGAAGGUCAUCGCCGGCAGGGCCGAUGCAAAGUGGGAUGGCAUCAAGAAGGCGUUGAAUGUCUCAUUGGUAGUGGAUGAUUCGGAACGGUUUUCAUAG